CACACGGCGUCCCUGAUGGCAGCGUCGUUCAGAUGGAUAUUACAACGACACAAGGAUGUUCCAAAAGCUGCUCGCUUCUACUCGGAAGGCUUGGACUUCACCACCAAUGUCUGCACUCUUCGUUGGGCAGAACUUCAAUCUGGUCCUCUCAAGCUUGCCCUCUUGCAUUCUCCGCAUGACCAAAUUACGCAGAAGGAAUACAACUCGCUUCUGUCAUUUACGGUGACUGACAUCAACAGUACAGUGAAUAAAUUAAUGGCAUUAGGAGCUGUGCUAGAUGGACCUAUAAAACAUGAGGUCCAUGGAAAGGUUGCAGCUAUGCGGUGUAUUGAUGGGCAUGUCUUAGGCCUCUAUGAACCUGUCUGAGAUAGGAGAUUUAAUACCAUCAAUAGCGGUACAUAGCGUGUGAAGCAAUGGACCCGAGAAUAAGGCAAAAUGAUUAAUCAAUAGAAGAGUGAAAAGAGUGAAUUUAGAUAUCUCUGUAUCUCGUCAUGUAGAAGGGGUUUUCUUUGCCAUCCAUAUCUCCUAGAAGUGACAUGAAAUCUUUUUUAUUUUCUUCUGCUGAUUGCCUUUUUUAAAUUACGGGGUUGCUUUUUCUCGGAGAAACUUGACAUGUUCAAUUAUUGAGAUUUUUAUAAGAUAUCCUUGACAUGCAUUU